UGCUUGUCGUUUUUCGGUUUGUGUAGCGUUAUAAAUGCUUACCUAAAACUUCUAAUAAAAAGAAGUGUUUGCUACUUGUUAGUUUAACAUUAAUAAUAAAAACAAAAUUAACACAUUACUGUGAAUAAUAUGUCUGAUUCGGAGGCUAGUAAUUUUUCUGACAACGAGGCUGCAUCAGGAUCAGAACCAGGUUCUCCUGCGUCUCAGCGGUCUCAACGAAGUAGUCGUGCUGGAAGUGCUCGAAGUAGAUCUGUCUCUCGUUCUCGAUCCAGGUCAAAAUCGCGAAGUAGAAGUAGAUCAGGUUCAGAAGCAAGAGAAGCUUCAGAACAGGAAGAUGUAGAGGAAGAACAAGAACCAGAGGGUGACUCCCUUCAUGACAGUGAAGAAUAUGAUAGUGAAGAAGAUGAAAGUGAUUCAGGGCAUAGACGUAAAAGAAAGAAGAAAGAUAGAUAUGGUGGUUUUAUUAUUGAUGAAGCUGAGGUGGAUGAUGAAGUUGAAGAUGAGGAUGACUGGGAAGAGGAUGCUCAAGAAAUUGGAAUUGUGGGAAAUGAAAUUGAUGAAGUGGGCCCAACAGCCAGAGAAAUUGAAAUUCGCAGGAGGGGAACAAAUUUGUGGGAUUCCCAGAAAGAACAUGAAAUUGAAGAAUACCUUCGUAAAAAAUAUGCUGAUGAUGGAGCAGCUGCAAGACAUUUUGGAGAGGGUGGUGAGGACAUGUCAGAUGAAAUCACACAGCAGACUUUACUUCCUGGAGUCAAGGACCCAAACCUGUGGAUGGUAAAAUGUCGAAUUGGAGAAGAAAAGUCCACCUGUCUCUUACUCAUGCGUAAAUUCCUUGCUUAUCAAAAUACAAAUGAGCCUUUGCAAAUAAAAUCGGUCGUCGCUCCCGAAGGGGUAAAAGGCUACAUUUACAUCGAAGCUUAUAAACAGCCCCAUGUCAAGGCAGUCAUAGAAAACGUGGGCAAUCUCCGUAUGGGCGUCUGGACGCAACAAAUGGUUCCCAUAAAGGAGAUGACAGACGUCUUACGAGUCGUCAAAGAACAGACUGGCCUCAAAUCGAAGCAAUGGGUUCGUUUGAAACGAGGACUCUAUAAAGAUGACAUCGCCCAAGUCGAUUAUUUUGAUAUGGCCCAAAAUCAAGUGCAUCUGAAAUUAUUGCCUAGAAUCGAUUAUACAAGGCCCCGAGGGGCUCUACGUACCACUCAAUCAGAGACAGAUGCUAAUAAACGAAAACUUAAAAGACGACCCCCCAGUAAACCAUUUGAUCCUGAAGCUAUAAGGGCUAUUGGGGGCGAAGUAACGUCUGAUGGCGACUUUCUCAUCUUUGAGGGCAACAGAUAUUCUCGUAAAGGAUUUCUCUACAAGAAUUUUACCCUCAGUGCAGUGAUUAUUGAUGGAGUUAAACCUACUUUGGCUGAACUGGAAAGGUUUGAGGAACAACCAGAAGGCAUAGACCUCGAAAUAGCGGCAGAUAAGGAAGACAAGACGUCAACACAUUCAUUUAGUGCCGGAGAUAACGUUGAAGUGUCCGAGGGCGAAUUGAUUAAUUUACAAGGAAAAAUUUUGACCAUAGAUGGAAAUAUGAUUACGGUAAUGCCAAAACACGAAGAUCUAAAAGACCCGUUAGUGUUCCAAGCGUCAGAAUUAAGAAAGUAUUUCAGGAUGGGAGAUCACGUUAAAGUUCUGUCCGGUCGUUAUGAGGGUGAUACAGGUUUGGUGGUGAGGGUAGAAAACAAUCGUGUAGUUUUGAUAUCCGACUUGACCAUGCACGAGAUGGAAAUAUUACCAAAGGAUCUACAGUUAUGCACUGACAUGGCCAGUGGAGUUGAUUCGCUGGGAAAAUUCGAGUGGGGAGAUUUGGUUAAUUUGGACUCUGAAACCGUUGGAGUAAUCGUUAGAUUGGAACGAGAAAAUUUCCAUGUUCUAAAUAUGCACGGAAAAGUGGUGGAAUGUCGCCCCAGUUCGCUUCAAAAACGCCGUUUGAACCGUUUCACAGCUGCUCUAGACUCGUACCGUAACAAUCUCCAUCGUAAAGAUAUGGUAAAAGUAAUCGAUGGACCUCAUUCUGGAUUUUCAGGAGAAAUUAAGCACCUGUACAGGAAUUUUGCUUUCUUACAUUCUCUUGAAUAUCUUCAGAACGGUGGCAUCUUUGUGUGUAAAACCAAACAUUUACAAUUGGCCGGUGGAAGCAAAAGCGUUCCUAACGCUGACAUUGCAACCGGAAUGGAAUUUAUGUCACCAAGGAGAAGUUCUCCUAUGCAUCCUUCAAGUGGCGGAUUUGGAGGUCCUCGAGGAGGUGGUGGAGGUAGAGGUCGCGUGGCCCGUGACAGAGACCUCAUUGGUUCUACAAUCAAGAUUACAAGAGGUCCAUACAAAGGCAACAUCGGUAUUGUAAAGGAUGCUACUCAAAGCACAGCUCGUAUCGAAUUGCACACCUCAUGUCAAACUAUUUCAGUCGAUAGAAGUCACAUAGCAGAUGUUGGUACUCCCAGUAGAGAUGGUAGCAUUACGAGUUAUGGUAGGACCCCAGCAUACACUGGAAAUCAAACUCCAUUGUACAGAGAGAGUGGAAGCAAAACUCCCAUGGCAGAUUCAGGCUCUCGCACUCCUCUCCAUUAUGGCUCCAUGACACCUAUCCACGAUGGUUCCAGGACUCCUAACGCUCAUUCCGAAUGGGAUCCUUCUGUAUCCAACACUUAUCCUUCUCCAGGAUAUAAUCCUAGUACCCCUGCGUAUCAAAUGAAUGGUCCUUACACCCCACAGACACCAGGAACCAUUUAUGACACAGGAUAUAGCCCCUAUCAACCCAGUCCAGGGUAUCAGAGUGUUGUUUCUACGCCAAGUCCCGCAACUGGAUACAGUCAAUCGCCUGCAAGUAACAAUCCCUACAACACUCCCAGUUCUGGAUACAGCCCCAACAUGCCUUACAAUCCUCAGACACCAGGAGCAGGCUUGGACUCCUCGUCAAUGGCCGAGUGGCACACUGUGGACAUUGAGGUGAUAAUACGUGACAGUCAUGAUGAUCCGGGCUUAGUAGGGCAAACAGGAAUAAUUCGUAGUAUUUCUGGAUCAAUGUGUUCUGUAUUUUUGCCUGAAGAAGAUCGUGUCGUGAAUAUAAUGAGUAACCACUUAGAUCCAGUUAGACCACAACGUGGAGAUGCAUUUAAAGUAAUUAUCGGGGAAGAAAGAGAAGCUACAGGAGAGCUGCUGUCUAUUGAUUUGCAUGAAGGGGUUGUGAAAAUAAAGACUGACAUCAAAUUAAUGCCCCUUUCAAGUUUAUGUAAAAUGAGAAAGCCAGAUCAUUAAUUAAUUAAGGCAAGAAUUAACGUUAAAAAAUAUUGGGGUAAU